UUGAAUAUUCAGUUGUAAAGCGCCAUGAGCAUACGGAUAUGGCGCUAUAGAAGUCCUUAUAAUUAUUAUAUAAUAUUAUUUUUAUAAGUGAAAAUCACUGCACGAAACUUCGAGUUAGCUAAGUGAGCGAGACUGUACUUUAUAUGAUUACGAUAAAAUUAUAAGCCUCAUUCCCACGGCGUCGAAGUCAAGAACUGUUUAUUUGAGAAGCAUUUAAAGCUAAGGGUGUUUUUUACAGCCGUAAUUAAUUCUUGUUUUACAUUUACAUUUCUUAUAACAAGGAGGUAUUGUUAUUUGUUGCUAAAUGACGCAGAUGAACAAAGAGCGUCGACAACGAGCCAAUGAAUAGAUGACAAGAUUUUUCCUCAUUCAAUAUAAUGUCCUCACCCAAACUCUCUUCUAAAUGAAGUUAUAAACAACAGCUGCCAGUUAAGAUCAGUGUUUGAUGUAUUACAUUGGCAGGAAUCAGUCCCGAUUCGAGAACACACAAUGUUUCACAGAUCUGUUGAUGCGAUUGAAAUACAUCGCAGAGAUUCAGGAGACAUCACAGGCAAUCAAAUCCCGAUCGAAGAAUACCAAAAGAAAGAGGAAAUAGCGAAAAAUCUACGCAAACAGCUGUCGGCGAUUCUGCGUCCAAUAUUUCUCGUCAUGAAACUCACAGGACAAUACUUUGGCACAACGGCAAUGUUUGAGGAAAAUGUGCAAAAGACAUGGUGCGUGUCGCGUUUUUACAGCACUCUUGUCGCUCUUGGCCAGUGGUUGCUUUUUUUAAUUGCUGUGACAAGUCAUUGUUACCUAGGGUUCAAGGAAAUGAAUCAGUUUUUCUUUUUACUAGUUUCCACUGUUUGGUUUCUCCAAUGUGCGAGUGCCACGACUAUUUGCUUAGUUGCCUUUCCAUUUGCUCAAAGUAGAAAGUCAAAAAUGUCCAUAUUUAUUGCCAGUCUUGUCGAGGCAGCACCCGAACUUAACCUAGACGGUAUAAAGGCCAAGACAGUCAAGGGCUUGGUACUAGCAUGCUCUGCAGCGACGCUAAAUUCAGUCGUCAUUGUUAUGAUGAUCGUUUAUUUCGGAGGUACCAUAUCUUUGUUUUCACCAUGGGAAAAGUACACCUUUCUUCGAUGGGUCGAACUCAUAUUUGGAACUUACUGCUCCUUCUCCUGGUGUUUCCCUGUGCUCAUUUUCUGCGUCACUUGUAUGCUUCUAGAAACAAUGUUCACAAGUUUCCAGAACCAAGUUUCUGACAGAUUCAUCCACUCCUUGAGCAUCUCGUACUUGCGGAAAGAACACUUGAAAUUGUGUCACACGGUACAACUGGCUAAUGCCAUUUUCUCACCACUUCUUUUUAUCAUUGUCACAUUGGAUGUGCCGUUAAUUUGCGUCAACUUUCAUCAACUCAUAAAGUCGUCGGCCGAUACCGAUCGCAUCACGAUUGUCGGCUAUUUCUAUUGGACUUUCUGCGUAUCUUCUUUAUUGAUAGUCGUGUUCUUGUUUGGAAAUCGAGUAAACGAAAAGGCUCACAGUUUUUAUGAAACGAUCCAAAAGUCACACGUGUCUAUCGACGACCUUAAAGAACAUGCCGAGCUGACUCUUUUCCUGGCACAUUUGCAAGGGGAUCCAAUCGGUCUCUCCGUUGGGGGUAUCGCAGUGGUCAACAAGUCUCUAUUCCUAACUCUCUUUGGAAUAAUAGCAUCGUACUUUGUCGUCCUGCUUACAUUACCAAGCUAA